CGGGUGCGAGAAAGACGGAUCAGAAAGAAACAAUAACAUUAUUCGAUUUAAGUCGCUUUUACACUAUAUUUCACCACACGAAAAAGUUCAAAUGAUAACAAUCAUCAAAGUGUAGGUAAAUAUCGUGAAAUUGCUGUAUGAAAAUUCGAGGUAGGCGCACAUAACUGUAGGACUUCCAUUGUAUAUUACGAUUGCGUUGAUCACGUGAUCAAAUUUGGAGAAAAAUGGCGGCUUCCGAAAGUUGAAACAUGGACACUAAAACCGAUAUAGAGGGCUGCCGAUGUGCACAAGGGCCGCCUUUUUCCAGUAGCAGGGAACAUUAGAGCACCUGGAAUUAUUUUAAAGUGUGCAUUAUGUCCACUAGAGGAAGACGCGGAAGAGGGCGACCGCCAAAGACGCCUUUGUCAUCCGUAAGGCCCAGAAGUACUUUUUUGAGAAAGCCCAAAGCCUAUCAAAACCAUGGAACUCCAUCAAGUGACCCAAGUUCUCGGUCGAGUACGCCGGUCAGUACACCUGGCACUCCAGUGCGGGGACAAGGGAGGGGUAGGUCCCGUGAGGCUGCACAAAGAGGUAGACAUUUCAUUCAGAACAUGAUAUUUGAAGAUGAUGAUCAAUCGCGAUCAAGUCUUGACACAGAGGAGAAAGUGAGUGAUGUUCUUGAUGAUCUAGAUGAGAACGAACCAGUUUCAGAUGCCAGUUAUGAAGAUUCAGAUUCAGAUUAUAGUGAUGAUAGCUUCAGUACUAUAGGUAGCUCAGCUGGUAGAAGAAAAUUGUUUUUUGGCAGAAGACCUAAAACUCCAGAGCUACUGGAUGACAAAGAUAUUACACCAUUAAACCUGCCUCCCAGUUCAACAGACUUGUUGAUACCGAUUGAAAACCUUAUGCAAAGUUUAAGCAUUUAUGAAGUGCUUCGACAUUUCCGUACCAUUCUCAGAAUAUCUCCGUUUACCUUUGAAGACUUUUGUGCGGCAAUAUUGAGUGAUGAAGUUUCUUCUCUGCUGACAGAAAUUCAUAUAACAUUAUAUAAGGCAUUAUGGCGUGAAGAAGAUGGUAAUAAUACAGCGUUUGGUCCUUCAGAUAUGAAGGACAGCAUCAAUAUAUCGUUGUUCUUUGUUGAUGCUUUUACAUGGCCAGAAUCAAUCCGAGCACUACUUGACACAGAAUCUGACCGAUAUCCAGAGUAUAAAGUGGCAAUAGAAUCGCUAGAACAUCAAGAAUUCCCCUUUGUGCCUGUUGAAGAGAGACUUAAAGUUUUGAAGACUCUUACUGACCUGUUUCUAGUUACAAACAAUGUGAGAGAAGAAAUUAUGAAUGAAGGCAACAUCCAGUAUGAUGAUCAUUGCAGAAACUGCCAUAAACUUGGAGAUUUGCUCUGUUGUGAAACUUGCUCUGCUGUGUAUCACCUUACAUGUGUGGAGCCUCCAAUGGAGGAAGUACCAGAGGAAGACUGGGUCUGUGGAGUUUGCAGAGCUCACAAGGUUAAAGGUGUGACAGACUGUGUAUCCGAAGCAGAGAAAAGUGGUCUUUUAUGCAGACAAGAACCUAUUGGAUUUGACAGACAUGGAAGGAAAUACUGGUUUCUGGUGCGGAGGAUCAUAGUGGAGGGUGAUAAUGGUGUUUGGUACUACAGUACAAAGGGUCAGAUUGAUGAGUUACUGGAAAUGCUUGAUGCUGAGGGCUGGGAGAAAGAUCUGGUCAAUGCCAUUAAUGAAUUCAAGGAGGAUAUUCUCAAACAGAUGGCCAUCACGCACGAACUCACUAUGUUACACAAGGGCAACAAAAAGUCAGCAUUGGAAUUGGAAAUGAAUGAAAUUGUCAAGACACAAGCUGAAAGAUCCUUACGGAAAGCACAAGAAGAGGCAGAAAGGAAAAUAAAAGAGGAAGAAGAGGAGAAAAGGAAGAAAGAGGAAGAAGAAUCUGAAGAAAAAAGGAAUCUGGAAGACAAUAAAGAAUUAGGAGAACUUGUUGGCCCAAAAGAAAAUGGAGCAGCAUGGGGAAAAGAUGAGAUUAAAGAUGAGACUCAUCUAGACAAUUUGGAAAAGACAGACACGGAAAUAACAGAAUUGAUUAAAACUGAGACGACAACAUCAGUCACUAGUAAUGUAACAAUGUCUACUACUGUUUCUGGCAAUGGCAGUGCAACUAUGGAAAAGACAGAACUUCUGACCUCAACAACAACCACUUCAACUUUAUUAAAGUCUAUCACAACCACUUCAGAACCUUCAUCAGUUAUUCCCAAAAUGGAGGAUGUCAAGGAAGAGAUGGAAGUGGAUGUUAAAACUGAGGUGAAGGAAGAAAUAGUUGAAAAUAAUUUGGAAACCAGCGAAACAAAUCAAGAAAUAAAAUCUGAACAAUUGACAGAUCUUCAAAACCAAAUAAAGCAACCAAUAGAUAUUAAAAAAUUAGACUUGAAAAAUCUCACUCAAGUUGGUGUAAACGACAAGCCCAAGUCCACCAUUAUGAAUGUUCAGUCGGUUUGUCCAAAUGUGAAACAGACUGUCUUGAAAAUGAAUGAUGACAACAGUCCACAGAAACAGACUAGAACUGUUUUGAUUGUGAAUAGAGAUGGCAAUAAGGUGACACUGGCUGUCAGUAAACAGCCACUUGAUGGAACGAAGGCUGAAACUACAACCAUCCAGCAAACUAGUACAACAACUACAGCAUCAGCCCUGGCAGAAGCCAGAAAAAUCGUAACAAGGUCUAAAACAGGGUCACUGACUCCAAAGCAGUUCACAGAUUCCAUAACGGGAACCACGUCGGUUAAAACACUUUCUAAACUGUCAUCUUCCUCAUCAGACGAUCUUCUAGUCAUUAACAAAGAUGGCGAUAUUACCAGGGUAACUAGGAGUAAAUCCGCCACUGUCAACGCUCUACAGCACCAGCAUUUUAAACUUGGAAUGGAAUAUAAUUUUAAGAAUUAUGUGAACCAAUAUGCCACGAACAAUCUGGCCCUGAACAAGUAUCAGCACAAUGAAGAGCGUGACAAACGGCGCUACCUGUCUCAUAAGUUCAGUCUUACGCAGGCUAGUGAGUUCAAAUGGAACGGAGCAAACCAUGGCAAGAAGAGUACUGUAAUACAGACAUUAAUGCUCACCAUUAUACAGCUGGAGUCAAGCAUCCCCAGUUCAUUCCUCCACCCCAAUUGGCCACUACAUCGUCAGAGUUGGACAAAUGCUGUACACAUGUGUCGCAAACCCAGUGACUUCUCACUGGCCCUGUCCAUUCUUGAAGCUUGCAUGAAGCCUGUGAUAUUUAAUCCAGUAUGGUCCGAAGCUUUGGGACACUGUCGCCUCCAAAAGAUAACGUCCUUAGACAGGGAAGAGAUGAAGAAACGAGAGAAGGAGUUGAGAAAGAGGAAGGAAGAGGAGGAAGAAGGGCGACCAUUGGUGUGGAUUAAGUACACUUUGGGUUUGAAGCACCAGGUGUGGAAGCAGAGAGGAGAGGAGUACCGAGUGACAGGUGGUCAAGGAUGGCGAUGGCUUAGUUCCACACGAAAAUAUCAGUUUGUACCUCAGGACACAGUUGGACUCAGGAAUGUAGCUCGUAAAAUCCAGGCUCGUAAACGCAAGGCAGCAGAUGCCUUACCAAAGGCAGUUGAUAGUGUCCCAUCAACAGCAUCCUCACCUGGCAAGACAGAGGAAUUGGACUAUAAGGAGGGUGACACGAAUGUGGAAGAGGAAAAAAUGGAAUCUUCCCAGACUACAGAUUCCAAUGAGGGAUCUAUCAAAGAAGAUGUUGAUACCUCUAAGGACAAAGAGUCCACACCAUCUAAUGAGGUUGUGAGACCAGAUUCGGUUUCAGUGAACUCGAUUGAUGCUAUUGACACAAAUGACAACAAAGAAAAAAGUGUUGAAAUAUCAGGGGUCAAAGAAAGCUCUCCAGAGGGUGCUGAUGAUAGAGACAAUAGUGAUAAUAGUGUGGCGGCAAACAACAGCCAUACACAGUGCUCUUCUGUGGGAGAGGAAAAGAUGGAAGUUGACAUUGAAAGUGUAAGCCCUAUAAAGAAAGCUGGCAUUCAGACAUCUGUACUGCCUAAAGCUGAAAACACUGAGAAGAAACUGGAUCUAUUUAAUUAUGCUCUGCCUCCGAAAUUGGAAAUUCCACAGGUUGAUGUGUGCAGGGCUAUGAAUGAAAGAACAUACUAUCCAAAAGUGACAAAGCCGUAUGCUAAACUUGACUUACUCCUACAGCGACGGUUGAAACAGGAGGAGAUUGAAAACAAGCAAAGACAGGCUCUACAGCAACAGAUCAACUGGAAGUUAAAGAGUCAGAACUCCCCUGGUGCAGACAAAAAGGAUGAUUCAAAAGAUUCAAUGGAAGAUAAAGACACUGAAAAUAAAGAGGAUAAAUCGGUAGAUCCAUGUGAAUUGGAUGAGGACUCUUUGCCAUGUUACUCCUAUAUGUGUAGAGAAAAGGGUAAGGAGUUCUGCUACUCACCCACUUGCCGUAAAGUUGUGUUAGAUGAGAGUGAGUUAAUGGACAUGGACAUGGCUGAGGAUGCGAUUGAGACAGAAAAGGACAAAUCCAUUGCUGAUAUGAGCAUGGAAGAUGAGGAUGUGGACAUAGAAGGAGACAAGGAGGAGAAAACAGACAAAAAAGAAAAAUCUGAGGAUAAGGAUUCACUCAUCGAUGUGGAAAAGGAUGAAGAAGGGACCAAUAAAAACACAAACAGCAGCUCAGCUACAUCAAAAAUACCAUCAUCAGACUCAUCAACCACUUCUCCCGGGACUACAUCUGCUAUUUCUUCAGCACUUUCAGCAAUGAAAUCACCAUCUAGUCGAGCUGCGGCAGUAGCGCAACUCCUGGCUAACCGUCCAGGCCUGAAGGCUUUCACACAGGCACAGCUCAUGUUGAAGCAAGCCAUUGAGAAAAUGAGUGUCCAAGAACUUAAAUCCAAAAUGCCACCACCCAGGUCAACAAAAGAACCAAUUAAAUUAGUGAAGUAUGCAAAAUUUGGACAAAAACCAGCAGCAAAGAAAAAGGCAUCACUUCCUCCUUGUCAUAAGUAUCUAACACCAAGCAGGAAAAGGUCAGCUUUAGUAUUAGAGAAAUAUGAUCUUCGGAAAAUGGCAAGAACAAAAGGACACACUGAAACCAAGCAGUUCAAUUAUAAUUGCAAGAUGAAUAAUGUGAAUUGGAUCUAUCCCUGUCCUCGGCCUCUGUUCAGAACGUCCUGGCGGUACCGAACUCAAACUGUCAAGUCCUUUGGUGGAGUGGGCCUCCAGAUGAGAAUUCUGUGGGCGUGUCUGCGGUGGGAUGAUCUUUCCAUCAAGCCACCUGCUGGUGGCACAAAUACUGUUUCUACAGAGACAGAAAUCACUACUAAAGAACUCCUUAAGCGACGAGAUGUUGGACGUGAUGGACUGAGAUCCGAGUUCCUUGUCAGGAAAAUUGUGGUGCCUCUUGGAUUGCCUAGUCAACCUAAAGAGAAGUACACGCCCCAGAGGAGUGGCUUGAGAGAAAGAAGGAGGGCAGAAUCACCCAAACAGACAGAACCAAGUGUGACAGAAACAUGGACGCCAGAGGAAGAGUUGGAACUCUGGGAGAUCAAACAGUUUGGAGAAAAGCUAGCAAAACAGAGAGCAGCAAUUCAAGAGAAGACAAGCCAGGAUUCAGUAAAGACUUCCAUGAAUGCUCAGCAGCUGAAGGCCCAGUUAGAGAUGCAACUAAAGCAGCAGAGACUUGCGCUGCAGCAGAAACGUAUGCUGGAGUCCCAAGGCUCUACGACUGCCUCUACAACAUCGACCUCCACUAUCUCCACAGCAGCUGCCACCUCUCUUAUCUCCACGGUACAGAGCACCGCAGGUGGCACCAUUAUCAAGCCGGCUACCACCUCAAACUCAAUACUCGGUGGUACCAGUAUACUCAAGACUGUCCAGGUCCAGCCUAAAACAAUCAUAGCAGGUAGUCAAGGUACACCUGGUCGUUCACUAGUGCGGUUCCAGAUCCCUAGGUCAGCUGUUCAACAGAUCCAAUCAUCCAGUUCCUCAAAUAUCACACUUGCCCCGAAACCAGGACAGGCUACAACAGCGGUCACCACAAACACAGUAACUUCCCCUGCCAGGGUGGUUGUCCCUGCUCCAGCCUCCUCAACACCCCAGCCACUGACACCCAAAGUCCAACUUCGGCCUCAGGUAGUGGCUCAGGGUGUGCCAGGCCAGGUGCAGAAUCUACAGAUCAUCCAGGGCCCCCAGGGUCAAUUACAAGUGCGGGGACUCCUGCCUGGUCAGCAGAUCAUCCGAUUACCUGAUGGGCGUCUCCAGCUCUUAUCAAUGCCACAGUCCCCACAAGUGGCUACUGCUACUCCCACCCCUGCAGUCACUCCUGCAACCACUGUGGCCUCUCCUGCCCUGGCUCCACCCCGCACACAGCUUGCCAUUCGCCCUCAGACCUCCAUCAUCGUAAGCAAUGCUAGCGGUGGCACACAGACGGCUACCACACCAGCCAGAAUCAUCAUUCCAUCACAGAACCUUCCAUCAGCAUUAGGCUCCUCCAGUCCUGGCAUUAGCCUUGUCUCUGCAGCCAAGGAGGGUGGUCUUGUUGCCACUGUAGUCAAGGGCAACAGUCCCACAUCUAUCUCCCUGGCUACGCCAAAAGUUAUUGCACCAGGGCUAGCCACAGGUUCCACAGCAUUGUCUGGAACUCAGGCUGUCACCAUGACAACUUCAUCUACAGCUGGAGCAUUAGCAUCAGCCAUCAAAACUAUCACUUUACAAAAGCCAGUAUCCUCCAAUUCACCUAUCACAGUUACCUCCUUACCGCAGGUGGGGUCAAGUGGCAUACCCAAAAUAAUGACAGCCUCCAGAACUGCCUUGCCUGGUCAGCUGAUAGUUCAGUCACCACGACCACAGGGUCAACCACUGCUGAUGGCUCGGCCACAGGUAACUACAGCAGUUUCUGCUGCCCCAGUUACAACUGUGUCUGCAGCUGCUGCGACUAAGUAUGCGGUCACACCUCAAGUUGUACAGCAAGUGGUACGUCAAGCUUUGAUGCAGAACCAGACACCGGAAAUACAGGCCAAACUACUGGCCAUGCAACGACUAAUGACGCAGCCAAAAACUUCUGGUUCCCUAGCGGAACUUGCAGACAGCAUCACCAUAUCUGCUGCAGGCUCUGAUCUAGGGGUGGAAGGGGCCAAAGUUCCAAUCUCGGCAAUAAGUAAAGCCCAGCUACCCACAGCAUUACCCGACCUGAACCGUCCACGCCAACUCAAAUCUACUGUAGUGGAAAAGGAAGAGCAGAAUAGACUCACAGUCUGUGGACAAGUACUUAGAAAUGUCAUUGAAAAAAUCGAGAAGAAGGAGCGAGACGAGAGCCGGCGAAUGAAGAAGCAGGAAAUGGAGGAGGAGAAACAUAAAAGACUAAUGGUAGCCAAACUUCAGGGCACUUUAUUCAAACACAAGGAAGCUCUUAAGAAGGAGAUUCUUAAGAAGCGGUCGAUUAUGGAGAAAAACCUACAGCAAGAGAUUCAGGCCGAGGUGAAUGAACACUUGAAGAAGAGAAAGAAGAAGCCGGAUUCACCUGUUCGUCCGUUGGUGACAGUGACUAGUCAAAAAGCUCCUAUGCUUAAUCCAGACCAAACCAUAGUGCAAGAUGAACCGAAACGCAAAAAACAGAAGAUUAUUUCCACUGGGGGUAGGGCAUUCAACCCCAAGGAGAAACUCUACUGCAUCUGUAAAACACCCUAUGAAGCCACAAAAUUUUACAUUGGUUGUGACCUGUGUUCUAACUGGUUCCAUGGUGAAUGUGUGGGUAUAUCGGAGGAGCGGGCCAAGACUAUUGACACUUAUGUCUGUGGGGAGUGCAAGAAACAGAAAGAGACAGCUACAGAGGAGCUGUACUGUCUGUGUAGGACUCCAUAUGAUGAGGCACAGUUCUACAUCGGAUGUGACCGAUGCCAAGACUGGUUCCACGGGCGUUGUGUGGGCGUGUCCCAGGGUGAAGCAGAUCAUAUUGAUACGUACAUCUGUCCAAACUGUAUGCGCAAGGAAGAGGCCGAUCCUAUAAGUCAGAAGGAACUCCUGGACCGUGACUAUGACACACUACGCAGACUCAUCAAAAGUCUCCAAUCUCACAAAAUGGCAUGGCCAUUCCUUGAGGCAGUAGAUCGUAAUGAAGUUCCAGAUUAUUAUCAUGUCAUCAAAGAUCCAAUGGAUUUGACGACGGUUGAAAGACGACUCCAGAAAAAGAAGUACCAUAAGUUAAAAGACUUUGUUAAAGAUGUAACUAAGAUAUUUGAUAACUGCAGACUAUACAACCCAACAGACACACCAUUCUACCAGUGUGCAGAAGUGUUAGAAACAUUCUUUGUACAGAAACUGAAAUCUGUGAAGGAGCGGAUAUGAUGCAUGUCUUACAUAAUCCAUAAUCAACAAGUGUUUUCCUUGGAGUCAUAUGUCAACAUCUGUCACUAAUCAUUUGUCACAAUAGUGUCAUGCUAAGUCAGAAUUUUCGGUUCAUGUUUCAUCUUGUGACUGAUUAAAAUAUUCACAAAAUCUAUUUCAUAUUGAAAUUUUUUUGAUCUGAGGUUUUGUUUUCAAAUCCAGUAAUUCAAAAGCUGCAUGAAUUUUGAUAAUUGCCAGCCUUAAUCAUCAGUGUAUUAAAUAGCUUAUCAAUUUUUAAGUGAACUUUUCAAAAUCAAAACAUUGUCUCUUGGUGUCACUGGUUUCAUGAUUCUGAUAUUCAUGUGAACAUAUUAAAAAGCUUUGGAAAGUUGGAAGUGAUUUUCAAUACGCGAAAAGAUAAUUUACUGUUGCUCUAAAAACAGGACUGUACUUUGAAAACUUCACCAAGAUUAGUCAAUGUGUUUGACUUCAUUGUCUCAUUAGAAACCAUGACAUAGUGUUUUCAUCAUUAAACUCAGAAUUUGUUUGUUAAAAAUCGGUAUUUUUUUACCUAUUUGGAAUUGAUUUGUCCAGCAAAUAUUUGAGUUAUGAUCGGUCAAGAAAUUAAAGUAUGAUAAAUCUAUGAAGGAAAAUUUCACAAUAUUUUAACAACAACAGCAAUGAUGACCUAAUUAUCAGCUCGUGUAAAGUAUAAAAUCUGUUUCCUAAAAUACAUGUACCUAGUUACAAAUUGUCAAACAAAAUUGACUUGGAUAUUUUAAAUGCUGUUUUCCUGAAGAAGAAAAGCCCAGAUCAUUUUCUUAAGAUAUUAACACAAUGAUGAUUAGUGAAGAUUUCCUUUAAUGACCAAAUUGGAAAGUAUUUCAGUUUUACAUAUUUUCUUGUAAGUUUUUAUUUUUACUGUGGGUUACAUGUUGUGUUGUUAGCAUAACAUUUAAGGAAUUUUGAAUCAAAACAGAUACUGAGACUUUAGUGUAUAAUGGAUAUCGAUCUGAUUGGAUUUGAUGUGAUGAAUCAUCUUUUUUUUUUCAUUUUUCAUUUCAGGCAUGUAGAUCAUUUGUAAAUAUGUAGACUUUUGUAAAUGUAUCGUCAUACAUUGUAAAUAUUACACUUUUAUCAAUGAUUAACUUUUUUUUCUAAAUAUGUACAUGGGAAUAGUGUGUGUAAAAAAAUCUGUUGCAUCAAUUAUGUUCUUGAGAAAAAUAUAUUACAAGUGCUUUAGUAAUAAGAUAUUUGUUUUUGUUUGAAGUUGAACCAAAAUGAUUUCAAAACUGUAUUUUAGUGUGCAUUUUGCUUGGUCAGUUUUUUGUAGGGCAAUUUGUUGAUGAAUUGUAAUGCAAGUCAAAUUAAAUGAAUAUGAUAUAAUUAUAAUGCUGUGUCGUGUUUGACAGUGAAAUAUACGCUGUAUUCCCACCUAGUGUUACUGAAUCAGUUGUACAGUAAAGCUGCUACUCCUUCCUGUAGAUAUUUUGGUAGAUAGCAUUUGUGUAUAUGUCGGGGUUCAGUUUUAGAAUUUCUAGGCAUGUAUCAUUGCUAGAGUGAUUGUAAUCACAAUCACUAUUAUAUAGGUAAAUGUUUCCGUGCAAUUUAUUUUUAUCUAACUAAAUCAGAGUAUUGUUAAGUAUGAGAUUAAAGACUAGGAUAAAAAAGAUGUUUUUGAAAUGAAAUUGCUUAUCAUAUGAGGUUUACAAUAGUUUUCAGUUCAGAUAUUCCAUGUACUCUUUGAAAUUGUUCCACCAUAUUUUUUUAAAUAUACAAUUCAAAUUUGAAAACAAAAUUUAUUUAUAAAUGGGUGUUUAUUAAUUGCCUAAGGAAUUUUACUGUUUCAACAAAACACCGAUUUGAUAUUUCGAAUUCUCAUAUCAGUCUUUAUAAAACUGGGCUCAUGCACUAAGUUAGGUUUUUGCAUAGCUGGACCGGAGAUGGUUACACUAUACUUUGAUGAGCUCAGAUUACAGAACUUGUUGUUGAAACGCUUUUUCUUGGUUCUGAAGAAUAAUAAGUACUCACCAUGUUGUUUGAUUCCAAGUACAUCUGUAUAUCAUAUAUGUUGUUACUGUGCAGGCUAUUGAGGCAGCUAAUCUACGAACUUGGGAGUUGUCAUAUUGACUUCUACAAGGACGCUGUUUGUAUAAAUAACGACCUCGGACAAUUCUUUACCAGGUCACUAUUCGUGUAUGUAAUGUAUUUACUCAAAUUUUUUAGGCAGAACAAGACUUGGAUGUGGACAUUUCAUUCAAGUCUGUGCCUGAUGAAUGUGGAUUAUUUAGUACUUGUUUGUUAAAAAAUCUGUAUGUAACCAUGUGAAUAAUUUGAACUAUAUUAAAAAAACCUGUUUAUAUAAAUAUGAAUUUGCACUAUUCAUUCACACAACUAUAUACAUGUAUGUAACAUGGAGAUUUUGCACUACAUGUAUUUCAUUAAAAUCAGUAUGGUACCGUUAGUAUUUGGUACAAAUUCUCUCCCCUUCCCGUCACUCUGCCAGUCAUUUGUAAAGAUGUCUUCAGUCCAGGGUAAAAUAUCUGAAGAUGUUGUCUCUUGUAUCCCUCAAAGUUUUGUUUAUGUAUGGUAUGUAUUAAAAAUGUUUCUUUUAAUUUUCAACUCUGUAUCUUUAAAGUCACAUUAGUGUAAAGAAACAUACAGAAAUGUAUGAAAAGAGUACGUGAAUAGAAAGGUGGUUUUAAGAGCUAGUUGAACCAAGAUGCAUGGUAUUUAAUAGUGGGAGAGGUGCAUUCUUAGUUUUUUUUUGUUCUUUUUUUUUUUAAUAUAUUUUCAAUCUCCCUAGUGACAAUAAAACAUAUUUCUAAAACAAAUGUAUGUUAUAUAUAUAAUGUAUAGGGAAAAGUUGUGUUGUAUCCCUACACGACACCAAAUUUAUUUUUUUAUAGAUUUUAUGAUUCACUUUGGGGAGGUAUGGACCAUACAUAUCAAAAGUGUUUCGUUUUGAAAUUUUAACCUUAAAGAAAUGUUAUGUACAUCUUAACAUUUAAAAUUUAGUUAAUGAAGCUGUGAAUGCUGAAUCUUUUGAUCAAGGGGAACAAUAAAUAACUUGAAACUGUUGUGAAUUUUUUAAAUGGCUGCAAAUAAGAGAUGUCCGACAUACUUAUCUGUUUGAAGUGUGACAAGUUAUUUGUACAUAGAACUGUUUGAUAUUAUAUUUCCUCUUGUAUAAUGCAGAAUGAAAUUUGACACAACUUCAAUCGCUGGUUUAAAUUUUUUGACAGUUAAUUUAAAUCUUUCCACACCAUUUGUUGUAAAGAAAGCAUAAUUUGUUUGUUGAAUGUACAACUAAACACGGUCAAAAGUAAAUGGUUCAACUGAGUUCUCUCUCUCUCUAUAUAAUGUUCUGCCAGUUUGAUAUUUCAAUAUUUGAAAUUUUUUGGAGAAUAUUGGAUUUGAUACAUAGAUGACUUUACUGGGUACUUAUCAAGCAAAGCAUCUUGUCGUUUUAGAAGAUUUAUCACUUUCUCGAUUACAUUUUCAUCCACUCCUGAUAUGAUAAGACUUUCAACAAUUUGAAUUAUACUUAGACAAAUUCCAGAUGCGUUUUUAGUGAUUCCUGCAGUGUCUCAUAAUUAAAAACCUAAAAUAGUAUGCUUAUUUCUACAGAACUUUCACAAUUCUAAAAUUGCCUAAAUACAACCAGUAAGUGUAAAGGAAAAUUAUUAUUAUAAUGUUAUCAUCUGGUUUCAGUGUUUUACUGGGUCCAUAAUAUACAUCUUUCUAUAAUGACUUAAAAAAUCAGGUUUAAGGUUAUGGAUGUAUGGGAUAUUUUAUUGGAGACAAGUUAAUUGCAUCUAACAUCAUUCAAUGUAGAGCUGCCAUGUACCCCAUUGUGCUGCUGGUUAAUGAUCUGGCCGUGGCGAUAGGACUUCAAUGUGUAUCAAAACAGAAUGAAAAUAAUUCAUUAUAUACCAAUAUCGGACAGUGUGGGUAGUGUUCAUUGAAUGCAUUAUUGCUAAAUUGAAUGAGGAAAAUGCUGAAAAUCUCCGAGUAAGCUUUUUGAAAUGAGAUGACAAUAUCCUAGUCAAUAUGAAAUUUCUUUAUUAUUCAUAAAUUUUACAAUACAAUCAGUUUAAAAGAAAGAGGCAGCUUAACAUAUGUCGUUUAUUGGCUUGUCAAAGGAGGUGUUUAACUAUAUCUUUCUUAGGCUUGAGAAUUUUAACGUUGCAUGAUCUUUUCCACAGAAAUUCUAUGAAGUUGGCAAGGAUGCAUGAUACAUUGUUAAUACUGCUAUACUGAUGUGUAUACUACAAUAUACAAAAAAGCAAAGAUUUAAAGAAUAAAAUAAACAGCAAUUUGGAGUAUUGUAAGGUGCAAGUAUAGAUACAUGUAUUGUACAUUUUUCAUUACCAAACAGCCAUACUUUCAUGUGGUCAGUCCAAGUGUAGAGCAAUAUAUUGUAAAGAUCUAUCUUACCACUCGGUGAGAGGGUUAACUUGCACAUUGUCCUGUGGUGAUUAACUCUGCCAGUUAACUCUGUCGUCUGGUGGAAUCCGUUGGCAAUAUCUGCCAUCUGGAGGGAGUUUAGUCCAGUACAUGACAUCACUGUAAAUACUGUACUUUCAUACACUCUAAAUAAGCAUUAUUUAUUUCAUCCCAUUUUGAUAUUUCAGUCUUCAGCUGAUGGUCAUGAUUAAAUAUUUUUUGUGCUUUGGUUUCCAAUUGUAUGUUGAAUAAAUUGUUAUGUAUGAGUUUAGAAAACAAAAUCUAAUGUAAAGAAUCAAGAGUAGUUUAAUAUGGUAAUUUCUUGUAAAUAACCUGUUUAUUCUCUGAAUAAACGUAUGAAAGUA